AUGGGCUCAAAAAGCAGGGAUUCGCCUCGUCCUGAGCCUGCAGCUGGGGCUGGCUGUCAACUUGGGCCGAGGCAGCCCGGGCUGGAGGGGGCUUCGCGGCGAAGCCGGCGCCUGAUGUCUCGGUUUGCCAUGCCCUCCACAUCUGACGUGUUGAGUCAAGAUGAACUGCGAAAAAAGCUAUACCAGACGUUUAAGGAUCGGGGUAUCCUGGACACACUCAAGACACAACUCCGGAAGCAGCUGAUUCACGAAUUGAUGCACCCUGUCGUGAACGGAGAGGUGCAGCCCCAGUCCGUUCCAGUGGAAGGGAGUGCCCUCCUGAUAGGCACCUCUAACUCUCUGGUGGCAGAUCACUUGAAGAGAUGUGGCUAUGAGUAUUCGCUUUCUGUUUUCUUUCCGGAAACUGGUGUGGCCAAAGAAAAGGUAUUUACUAUGCAAGAUCUAUUAGAACUCCUCAAAAUCAACCCUGAAUCCGGUCUCUACAAAUCACUGAUGUCAGGAUUUGAUAACAAAAACAAAAAAGGUUUUCUCAUGGAGUUUUUAAAAGAAGUGGCAGAGUAUCAUCAGUCCAGAGCGAGCUGUGAUGUGGGAACUCAGACAAGUUCCACAUUGCCUGGCCAAGACUCACUUGUGGAGAAGCUUCAGCUUAUUGAUGAUCAGUUUGCAGAUGCUUACCCUCAGCGUCGUCCAAAGUUAGAAUCCUUAGAAGUAAAGUUAAAUGAACAUAAGAGAGAAAUAGAACAGCAGCUUCGGGCAGAAAUGUGUCAAAAGUUAAAGUAUUUUAAAGAUACUGAAGUAGCAAAAGUUAAGAUGGAAGAGAAAAGAAAGUCUGAGAGGGAAUUGGCUGAGUUCCGGAACGAAUUGGAGAGAGCUUGUCGAGCAAAAUCUGACGCCCUUAUUUCUCGGGAGAAGUUGGCUUUUGAGAGAAUUCAGAAGCACCAAGAGAUUGAAACCAAGGAGAUUUAUGCUCAGAGACAACUUCUCCUCAAAGAUAUAGACAUGCUAAGAGGCAGAGAAGCAGAGCUGAAGCAAAGAAUGGAAGCUUUUGAAUUGGCUCAGCGGCUACAAGAAGAAAAAAAUAAAAGAGCAAGCGAUGCACUUAGGAAACGGGAGCUGAAUGUCCAGAGUAUUGAGGAGACCUAUGACCAGAAGCUCAAGAAUGAGCUGCUCAAGUAUCAACUUGAACUCCAGGACAACUAUAUCGCUAGAACUCACAGGCUGAUAGAAGAUGAAAAGAAGAAUAAAGAAAAAGCUAUACAUUUGCAAGAGGAGCUCACAGCUAUUAAUGCGAAAAAGGAAGAAUUUGGUCAUUCUGUAAAACGUGUCAAAGAGCUCGAGCUUGAGUUAGAGUCGGUCAGAACCCAGUCUUUGGCGAUAAGCAAGCAAAACCACCUGCUGAGAGAAAAGGUGAAAGAAAUGAGUGACUAUUCGCUACUGAAACAAGGGAAACAGGAGCUUCAGGAGCAAAAUAAAUUACUUAAACAACAGCUGGAAGAGACCAGAAGUGAGAACUUGCGUCUUCUAAACCACCUGGCUCAGCCUUCUCCAGAGCUGGUGGCUUUUCAGAAAGAACUAAAGAAAGCAGAGAACGCUAUCGUGUGUGAGCAUAAGGAGUUCGAGAUCCACAGGCAGAACCUGCAGAAGCAGCUGCAAAGUGAAAUUGAACGUUCUGCACAGCUGAAGGCCCAGAUCCNNNUCUAUCCUCCACCUUUUCCCAUCCUUUCUCACACUGUCGUUUUGUAACCCAUAGCCCUAGAGAACGAGGUGUACCGCAACCCAAAGAAUUCUCUGCUCGAUCGGCCCAUCAGCGGAUUAAUGGGUGGCAACGUGGUGGUACCUCACAAUGGUGACCUGAACGGGGAUUUCUUGAAAGAUGCUUUCGGACUGGAAAGGCUGAUGGCAGGCAUGCUUCUGUCAAGGAUUGCAAGUGACCCAAGUGCGAGCACCGGGAGUAGUUCCCCCGAUUCUGACCUGGAGUUUGUAGCCAAGACCAAGGCAAGGGUGAAAGAGCUAGAGCAAGAGGCCGAACGUUUGGAGAAAGCUUUCCGAACUUCCCAUCCAAGAGUUCAUCCACGCCCCACGGGAAGGUCUUCAGCCAAGAGCCCGCCACCCCUGCACGCGACAGGAACGCUCAAAAAGGCCACUUCCGGCUUCCCUGGAAGACGUACUUCCGCAGAGGACGCGGCUGUCCCUGAGCCGCCUCUGGCACGCACACCCGAGGAGGACAGGAGCAGCGCUUCGGCUUCUGAGGCGCGGCCGUGCGAGGGCACGCCCUCCAGACGCCUCUCCUCCACUCCCCUGCCCAAGGCCAAAAGGAGCCUCCUUGCUAAAGUGUAUCUGGAAGGUGGGGACAGAUCCGGUGCUGCUGGCUGCAGUCCUGGUCCUGAGACAACGCCCCAGCCAUCACCCUCUGAGUCCGGGCACAGCCCUUCCCUCCACCUGCUGCCCAGCCCUCCGGAGCAGGCCAGUCUUCAUCAAAGACAGACAGAACUUGAAGAACAAGGAGAACUUUCAGAUCCAGACAAGCUACCUUUUAAGGACAAUGAGGAAUUUGGAUCAUCUUUUGAAUAUGCAGGGAGCACGCCGAGGCAGUUUGAGGUGGACGGCCUCCAUCCUGCUGGCGACGUGCCUCAUGUGGGUGCUGCCGCCACCACGGUGUCUGCCGGACCUCUCGCUUGUUGCCACCCCGGUCUAGAUCAGAAACCAAUGGGAGAACAGAAGGAAGAAGAAAAAAUAUGGGAACAGCACAUGACAGAACAAAAGGAAAGAAAAGAAAUAAGGAAGAGUGAACUGCAAGAAGCUUUAGAAAGGGAACGAAGAGAACUAGAGAAGCUGGAUCAAGAGCGGAGGAUUAUUGAAGAAUCAUUGAAGAUUGAAAUGGAAAAAGAAAUGGAAAUGACUGUUGAAGAAACGAAAGACCAGCCUGUCUGUGGUGAAAAUCCUUUAGAGAAGUACAUGAGAAUUCUUCAGCAAAAUCAAGACCAGGAGUCUGCAGAUAAGUAUCAGAGUUCAAAGGUGGUCAGAGAAGGCUCCCAAGUGGAAACACUGCCAUCUAGCAACAAAGACGAAAGGUAUGGUUCCCCCAACGUGACGUUGCCUGCACAAACCAUCGUGUGGUGGGUUGUGUCAGCCAAGGGAAGUGUUCAGAUGCUUGAGUCUGCCUGUCAGAAAUGA